CGUUGUACAAACCGUGUCUCGCUCGUUCAGUGGCUAUUCACAGUGAAGGUAUGGAGGAGAGUCGGGGAUUCGUCGUGGGCUGGCUGUUGCUGCUGGCUCUGGCACUGCUCACGCAGGCACAAGAGUGUAAGGAGGCGACGCCACUCCACUCCACUCGCGCCUCGCCACCACUCUGCACCUUCCAAUCUGUGGCAUGGUUCAAAGUCAAAUCCGAGUUGGAGAUACAGGAAAUGCUGUCCUUCGUCACGGAUGCCACAAACUUCACGGACCCCAUGUACAAGGGCAAGGUCCGCCUGGCCAAGCCGGGAACCGAUGACGUCUCAUUGAUCCUCACCGACGUCGCCCUCAACGACAGCAGAGAGUAUCGCUGUUUGCGCAAGUGGAGAUGUGGAGGCCGAGAGAAGUUCCGCUGUGACAGCGUGACACUCGUGGUCAAUGAACAAAGCACCUCGUCAACGCCCGUGCUUGUUGUACCUGUGAACUGGCUGGUGGCGGUCAUGGUGGUGGUCGUGGUGGUGGCGGUGGUGGUUGUGGCAGCAGCGGUGGUGAUCGUCCUCAUCGUGUACCGGUUCACACCAGGCAAUCGACGAGCGUCUAACCAAGAGGCUUCUCCACCUGAGAAUGAGUUCACAGUACACGGCGCUGGGCCCAAGGGAGGGCGUCGGCGACGUCCUGGAGCCAUCGCAGCUUUAGGCGUCAUCCCUCCACUCCAAGACGCCGCCUCAUGAUGGGCAUGGAACAACUCAAGUCUAAGGACCCAAUGAACCCAAUCAACAGCAGUGAAUUAUGAGGACCUCCGCAUUGGCUUGAGGCAAGAAGUUGAGCAACGAUCCCGACCCCUAAAACCAGAACCCAGUCCCGUACAUAAAGGAGUAGUUUGUAGAAUGCGUGCCUCUUCUGAAAUAUUAGGUUGUAACUUCGCUGUCAUGUGGUAGGAGAGGUUGUAACUUUUGUAAAGAGGAUAACACAAAUGACUACUCACUGCCCGUCGAAACAACGAGGGGUGUCUUGGAAGCUUGGAGUUUGCAUUCUCCUUUGUUUAAUUAUUACUAGUAUUUUAAAACAUAUGGUAAUUUCUGAUGCAGGAGCAUUCAUGGCUAAACAGAUUGAUUAUUGCACAAGGGUUUCUUUUGGUGUUUCAGCAUCUGAAUAUCUAUUGAUCCAGGUGUGAUGCAAAUCCUUCUGCAGUGACUGGUAUACAGGAGGUCGUGGGUAGGAUUCCGACCCUAAAGCCUGCUGUAUAUUUGGAGUUUGCGUGUCUCCCCCCCCCCUUGUUCUCCCCGUGGUCGCAUGGAUUUUUAUCUGGAUCCUCAGGUUUUUACUUCCACAUUUAGAAUUAACGUGCAUUUAGAGUAUUUUGCUGCUAUAAAUUGCCACGUGGUAAGCCACUUCGUUGAGCUAUUAUUUGUGGCCAGGUCACUUCUCAAAGAGAGCUACUACAUAGACAUAGCUCGGUGGGCCUUACCUGGUAACAAAAACAAUCUCUAUUCGACGUGUUCUUCUUUCUGUCUCUCAAUGUAAUUCCAAGCAGCACUUAGCCACGCUAGUUUGCACACUUUUUAGCUUUUGUCGCUUUACAAUAAAAGAGAUUCUAUGUGAAUCUAACAAUUAAUUUCGUGUUGCGGUGGCUGGCGAACAUGAUAAAUUGUGAAAGGUGCCUCUUAAGUGCAUAUUAUAUUACUAUUCACGCACACAACUGCAACAAACAGCAUUCUAUACAAUACAGUAUGUUUAUAUAUCAAAAUAAGAAUUUCGGCAGUAACAUUUCUAAAUUUUCAACGGAACCGCAAUCAUCGCAACCAACAGUGCAUUUUUCUUAGGUUCAUUUUCCCGUGCACGUGUGUGGUGAGCGAUAGUGUACUGCGCUACGAACUCGGCGACCUGAGUUCAAUUCCUGCUCAUGGCCAAAAUCAGUGACAAUUAUCUGAACCAGUCGUGGGCUUCCCUGAGGUCGAUUCAGCCUCAUAUGAGUAACUGGUGCGGUGCGUAAACAUCGCCACUGGGGUGACAAAGGUGGCGUGAUGCUGGCCACCGGACCCCCUCGUGUGCCGUGCUGGCCUUAAUGGGUGCUCGCUAACAGCACUUGCCUUAACUGUUUGUUAAGGCUAUACGGGAAAUAUUUGUCUUGUGUUUUAUUUAUAACUUAAUUAAACCUUUAGUUUGCAUAGAAACAGAUCAUGACUGUUGUAUAUAUGCCUUUUCCAAAAAUAAUAUUGAGUGAUAUUGUUUAGUUUUAAUGUAAGAGUUAUUUUUUUCACAUGUUUGGAUUUAGCGAGUUCUAAAAAACGCAGUAAUGGAGGCCUGUGAACUCCACUGAGACAACAAAGGCCAAAGGAGCACCCCCGCUGCUUCUGCAGUGUUCCUCACACAAAAGAGACUGGCAUCUGGAGGUAAAUUUUC